GUCAGCUCCGCCUAUUACGUCGCUCAGUGGGUUUUCCUCUGGAUGUCAAACGUCCUGCCAUCUCAACGAAGCCGGCAUCAACCAUCCCCGUACUGCGACUUUUCUUUGCACACGAGCUACCCACCAUUUAUACUCCGACCUCGUACUUCGCCCAGUUUCCUGCAGGUGGCUUUGAAACUACUCUCAAAUUCCUAUCUCCUGCAGAAACCUGACCUCUGGCCCCUGAUCUCUGCAUAGACUCCAUCCGCUUGAAACACGGUCAAGAAUCCCGCUGCAGGUCCCGCUACGCUUCCCACCACCAAGAAAACAUGGCAAGCGAGACUUCCUCAGUGGUGAAAGUGCCCCGUAUCGCGAUCGCAUUCUGCACGCAGUGUAAAUGGAACUUGAGGGCUGCUUAUUAUGCUCAAGAGUUGCUCCAGACGUUCGGCACUAGCAUCGGGGAAAUUGCUUUGAUUCCAUCCACUGGGGGACUGUUCACAGUCACAGUCACAACAACCCAUGCCGACAAAACUUCUUUGAAUGGAACUACUGCAUCGGCAGGGUCAACGGAGCCAUUAAUGCAAGCGACCGAGACAGUGGUGUGGGACCGCAAGACCGAAGGCGGCUUUCCAGAGACCAAAGAACUGAAGAACCGAGUUCGAAAUAUUAUCGAGCCCGGUAGAGAUCUGGGCCAUAUUGAUCGGAGCUUGAAAAAAGGGAGCUCCCAGCAAGCCCAAGCAGCAGAGGCCGGCAAACUUGAGCCUAAGCCAGACGCCAAUGUCAACCCGGACCAACAAGGGACGAAGGAAGAAUGUGAAGACUGCAAGUAAUAUACCAGGCAUGAGGGCCUCGAGGCGCAUCGCACGCGGUUGCAAGCUCCUGCCUCUUCAGAAGCCUGACUUCAUGGAUUCGUCUAUCGCCGUCAAACCUUCGACUGGGCACCUUUCGAAUUUCA